AUGAAGUUCUCUGAUCAUCAUCCUGCUCUUCAGCUCGGCGGGCUCGCUCGCCGCCCCCCCGUCUCGGAGGCCGACGUGGAGGGCCUGUCCAGUCGCCAGGCAGCGCAGAGCAUCGACACUACCAUGAAGAAGAAGGGCAGGAAUAUGAAAUUGGACGUCACCAAGUACUCGCGCGGAAACUUCAACUUCAGCACCGCCGACCAGAUAGGUGACUUCGCGACCUCCAACGGCGAGCUGCGCCGUGGCCACACCGCGGUCUGGCUCAGCUAG